GCUACACAGAGGCAAAUUGAAGGUUAUAUCCAGGAAACGGUCCAUGAUGGCCAGCAUGAUCUGCGCCUCAGAAGACAGAAUCUUCACCUGAGAGAUCGGGACGAUGUCCCUGGCAUCGUUGUCGAAGUCGUGGAGCUGACGAUGGAAGAUGGGGUGGAGAUAGUAGCACUCGAGAUGGACUCGUUCGACGCUGCAUUUGGAGGUGUCGGGAUCCACAGAGCAAUGGCCAAAGAUACGGCGGAGUACACAUUGAGAUAUUCGCCCACACAUGUCAUCUCGAACAUUGGCUUAUCUGCUAUGCAAGCCAGCAGAGCUCUGGAGCUUCCGGACCUGAAUNNCAUGCGCCCAUCGUGCACAAACAUGGACGAGGCCUGGCAGGCAAUCAAGGUCCUCCUUGUGCCCUCUGUCUGGUACGAAGCAUGGGGCCUAGUGGUUAUCGAGGCUCACCUUCGCGGCAUUCCUGUCAUUUGCUCAGAUGCUGGCGCAUUGCCGGAAACGCGNAGUCUUGAUCAUCAAGUCCCAGUGAAUGCCAUCAAAGGUGAACGUGAUGUCAAUGGCGUCUAUGUUGUGCCUGAGCAAGACAUUAAGCCGUGGGCAAGAACCCUGAACAAGCUUAUGGGCGACAGGGCGCUGUAUGAAAAGCUGUCGUCAGAGGUGCAUAGCAAGACAAAGAGAUGGCUGAUGGAAUUGGANCGCAUGACUGGCCUGGAGAAUUGGCUACUCGGCUUGAACAAGGAUUUGGAGAAAUGCAGCGAAGGCUAG